AUGACCUACACUCAAGGGGAGAGAAGAGGCCCCCAGCUCUCUAGGCCUUUCAGGGAACACGGGGAUGGAGGUGCUCCUUUGGCCACAGGCCUACGAAUCUAUGAGAAAGGUGAGCUUGUAGACAUCAAGGGAGUAGGCCCUGUUCAAAAAGGAAUGCCUACCCGUUACCAUGGUAAUACUGGAGGCUCUGUUACCCAGCAUGCAAUGGGUGUUGUUGGAAACAAACAAGGAAAGGGCAAGAUUCUUGCCAAGAGAAUUCAUGUUGGUAGAGCGCAUACUAAGCUCUCUAAGAGCAGAGAGAGCCUGAAACGUGUGAAGGAAGAUGAUCAAAAGAGAGAGAAAGGUACUUGGGUUCCUCUGAAGCGCCCGCCUGUUCCACCCAGAGACACAUAUGCUGUGAGAUCCCAUGGAAAGGGCACUAAGAAGCUUAAGCCACUUCCGCAUGUAUUGCCACAGCAUUUUUCAGUCUUGGGAAAAACAGUUCAGCAAGUCUACCCAGCUAGAAUAUUUUUGUCAUUGCCACAAACCCCCUUUCCAGCUGCAUCUCUUGGAAUAGAUAAUAGUGUGUCCAAUCUGAAUAAACCCAAGGCUCACAGGAAGAAUGAGACAUUUUGGGGAGACUGGACACAGGAGAGAAGUUCAGGGGGGAAAAAUGCCUUGAACUCCCCCUAUCACAACGGCGUGGAUAAGGAGGAUUGGAAGGACAAUCCCACAUCAUUUGUUCCAUCGUUCUGGAUAGAAGCAUAUCUUGAAAGUGUUUGA